GUCUUCCGGUAGGGAGGAAGAGUCGUCCAGGAAGGCGGGCGCUGCUAUGUCGUUCAGGGUAGGCGUGUUGCGGGUUCUGCUUGGCGUCUUCUUCGCGCUCACCGGGGCUGCCAAGCUCUUUCAGGUCUCGGCCCCCGUGUCACAACAGAUGAGAGCCUUGUUCGAGCAGUUUGCUGAGGUGUUUCCAUUGAAGGUGUUCGGCUACCAGCCAGACCCUAUAAGCUACCAGACAGCUGUGGGAUGGCUGGAACUGCUGGCUGGGUUGCUGCUGGUCGUGGGUCCACCUGUGCUACAGGAGAUCAGUAACGUGCUCUUGAUCCUACUCAUGAUGGGGGCUGUCUUCACUCUGGUGGUUCUGAAAGAGCCACUGAGUACUUACGUCCCAGCUGCUGUCUGUCUGGGGCUCCUGCUGCUGCUGGAUUCCUGCCACUUCUUAGCUCGUACUAAGGGAGCGGUCAGAUGCCCGAGCAAGAAGAUUCCUCCUGCACACGGCAAUUGAGUCUUCAGACCAUGUAGCUACCACGGCAGGAACAGUCACAGCACACCAUCUACCACUUUGUCAGGUCCACAGUCAUUCAGUGUAAAAGAGCUGUCUUGUCUAGGCCUCAGUCUCCCCUAAUAACUAUGUUGCUCUGUUUUGAGGGCAGCAUUAAUACUUUUCAUGUGACAUGAAAACAGGAAGUAAGUGGGAAAGAAGCUAAAACCACUCCAAAUUCUAAUGCCCCAUGAGUAAUCUUCUCAAUGUUUUGGUGUGACUGUGCCUCGCCAUCUUUUUCUAUGAUUAUAUAAAGAUGCAUAUUUUUUUAAAUGAAAUGAGACAGUAUAGCCUAUUGUCCACCGUUAAGAUCCAGAGUUCUUUAACAUGACUCAUGUUUUUAUUUCAUCAAUGUUCAUGGCUUUUACUCUGUUCAUCAUGCUGAGGAUGAAGAAGUGGCUGAAGCGCUAGGAGCACUUGCUGCUUGUGCAAAGGGCCUGGGUUCAGUUCCCAGCAUCCUCAUGGCGGCUCAUAACCCUCUACAUCUGGUUUCAGAGGAUCUGGCACCCUCUCCUGGCCUUUUGGAGCACCAGACAUGCUCAUAGUAUGCAAAGCACUUAUGCACAUAAAAUAAACGUUUUUAAAGGCUGUGUUGUACUUCGUC